AUGGAACGUCGUCCGUUCGACCCAUCCGAGUCUCCGCCCAUUCCAGACCCUUCAUCCGCGCCUUUCCCGUCAUUUCCUAUGCCUGUGCCUGUCAUCAAUGUGCAAAUGCCUAGCCCUGACGCACCGUACGGACAGCCGUAUGCCUCAGAGUAUCCAUACGCAUCUGAAUAUCCAUACACCCCCGAGCCCCCAUCUGCUUCUGAGCAUCUCGCCUCUGAACACCCGUACACCCCCGAGUACCCAUAUCCAUUCCAGCCACCUCAGCAACCGUAUCAUGUCCCUCGCGUAUCACUGCCACUUAACCUUGAUCCGCCGCUUGAACCGUGGGUCCCAAAUAUACCGGGGCAGUCGGACGAGGAGGAAGUUGACCCCACAGCUGAGCCUGUGUACAUUCCUACCACUGAGCAUGUGCAGACAGGAGCGUCUGUUUCUCGCAGGCCAUCCCGCGUACAGCGUUUGGCUUCCUUCUUGGGACUAAGGCCCAAGGAAUCGACAGCUUCAGGUCAUUCCUGA